AUGCCGUCGGAUCUGUUCCAGCAAUUGGCCUUGUCCCAAUUGGAACUGUUGGCCAAUUCCUUGGUAGUACAAACAACAGACAGUAACAGUAACAGUAACAAGAGCAGUAAAAUUGGUUCCAUGGCACUCUACUUGCCACAAGAAAAUUCCAACACGGGUCAAUUGGAAUUCUUGCCGGCUGUCAUUUAUCCACAUCCCAGCAGGGAACGAGUCUUUAUUGCGUCUGAAGCUGAUUCCGGUGUCGCCGCUCGAUUGCCACGGCUAUUGACCAAAUUGCCGGGAUUUGCCGCUCCCGAUUCCUUACUGCCGCGCUAUCCCAUGGUUUCGUCUAAUAUUGCAGGAGUGGGAGUCGCCGAAGAAGUUCUGUGCGAUGUCCAAUCGGGAGCACCCGCCUUGUCGGUGCCUUUGUUCAUGGGAUCUCAAACUGUUGGUGUGCUGUUGGUGUCUCCUGCCAUUGUUUCAACUACUACUACUACUUCUUCUUCUUCUUCCACCAACAACAAAACCAACAACAAGAACAAACAAGUAUGGAGUGAGGAAGAUCGAGCACAAAUUAUACGAGCCGCACAAACACUCUCUAUGGCACUUUCCAUGGAUACCGAACGGAGCAGUUUGGCCUUGGAAAACAAACGAGUCCAAGAUGCGCUAUCGAAUAGCCUUCAUCAAGUCAAGAAUCCCUUGCAAGCCCUACGGACCUUUGGCAAACUAUUGCAGCAACGUGUGGCCGAGCAAAAUGAAAUUGCAGCCACCAACGGUGUCGGGACCAUACGACAAUUGCUCGAUUUGACGGCGAAUUUGGUGGAACAGAGUGACCGAGUCGUCAAUUUGUUGGCUCCCAUGGAUCGGAUCGUCGAGUCGAUGGAAGAGAAUAAUACGCCAUUGCUGUAUCUCAAUCCGGCUCGUCCGGAUGAAGAUACAGCCUUGGUGUUGUGGAAUCAAACCGAGACAACGCCACCCGCAAUCCCCUGGGAGAUUGAUACAUUGGAGUUUGCACGAAGUCGAGGAGAAUCAGCAUCGAAUGCUGCUGCGCCUCCUCAACGAUCCAAGAGUAUCAAUCCGCAGACACUGGAAUUCUCUAGUAGCAACAGGAGAAGUAGUCGAAACUCGACAGUGGAGGAGUUUUCCCGGAGAAAACCAAGUGGAGCGAGACGAAAAAAGGCAUUCCGGCAAAAGCACAUGAUGGGAGAGGUGACUCAUUUUGAACGGGGCAAUUCUCGCAGAAACAACAACAAUCGUCCCACAACAACCACUACCAACUCGGAGAGUGCAUCAUCAGCUUCCAUUGUGGGCAAUGACGGUCUCGAAAUUGGGUUUGUGGCAGACGUUUUGGGUCCAACCUUGAACGCCUACAAGGUGAUUGGGGGCGAGAGGGGAAUCUCCUUUCAAGUGCUGGGACUCGAGGAUGCGGAGGAACUUCCAGGUGUGUUUGUCCGGCCCAAAUCACUCAAGGAAGCUUUCAGCAACAUUGUGGACAAUGCAUUCAAGUACGUGGCCGUUACCAAAACAAUUAACGACAACAAUCAUCCAGAACGAAAUCAUAAUACUAAUAAUAAUGAGGAACCCAUAGUAAGGGUCCAUCUCAAGGGAAAUGAUGAUCCUCCAGGGGUCACAAUCCUGGUUGAAGACAAUGGGCCUGGGAUUCUUCCAGAAGAGGCAGAAGCUGUGUUUCAACGUGGUUACCGCAGUUCAUCUGUCAGUUCCUGGGUAUUGGGAACUGGAUUGGGACUGGGACUAGCAAGAGCGCUGGUGGAAAGCAUGGGUGGGAGGCUGGAGUGUCUGGACCAACGCGACAAACAAGUGAAUGGCCUGUUGGAGGGGGCAGCCUUUCAAAUAGAGCUAUACCGAAACAAGGACCGGUUGAGAAGUGAAGACUUUGCGUCAGAAUGA